AUGAGGCAGGACGCAAAACAUUUUAUCGCUUAUAGGAAGAUGUCGAGGGCUAAAAGGAAUGAUAAUCGUCCGGUUACAGAUAAGGAACUGCAUGAGAUUGUAGAUUAUCUUGGGAACAGUCCAAAUCAUGAAAAUGGAUAUGAAAUUGGAGAAUUUUCGGAUAGCGAAAACGAUUAUGAGACGGAGGAGGAUGAGGAAGACGAUAAACAAAGUGCUUGUGAAAGUGAACGGGGUGAUGAAAAUAAACAGAACAGUGACAAUGAAAAUGAAGAACACAGUGAAAAGGAAAGUGAACAAGCUGGUGAAAAUAACAGUGAACAAGCUAGUGGAAAUAACAGUGAACAAAACAAUGCUCAUGAGAAUGAACAAAGCAAUGAGCAAGAGAGGCCUCCAAGAGCGACGAGAAAUAAAAGCGUUCUAAGAGGUAAAAAUAACCACCUGUGGUCAUCUGUAGUUCCUCAGAGGAGAGGUUUUUUGAGAGCUGACAUUGUUUUACAUUUGCCCGGCCCUAAAGGUGAUGCCAGAAAAGUAGAAACCCCUUUAGAAGUUUGGAAUUUGAUUAUCAGUGAAGAUAUAAUUGAAACAAUUACCAUACGCACCAAUGAACAAAUUAAGAGAAACCACGAUGAGACUAUUGAACUCAGCUACACCAAAACCACAAAUGUUAUUGAGCACAUAAGAAUUGUGGUCCCUUGCUUUUGGGAUUGGAAUUUUCCGGCAAAGAUUUCAGUUUUUAGCUAUGAUAACAAGGCUGAUAGACAUAUACGACGUCAGAUUAAUAAAUUUACUCCAAUUAUAAAAAUAUGGGAUGUAUACAUAAGCAACUGCAAGGCAUACUACACACCCUAUGAAUAUUGCACAAUAGACGAACAACUGAUGAGUUUUCCACGAAAAACAAAUAGAUGGUCUAUGCGAGUGUUUUAUGGUAUGCUUGAUGGAAGUGGUAUCAAUUCGAUGAUUUUACUUACCUUCGCUAAGGGAGAUUGGGCAGGAAAACAAAAUCGGACACGCAGGAAUUUCCUAAAAGAGCUGGGAAUGUCCUUGGUAAUACCAUUUCUUAGAGAACGACUACGGUGGCCAACGCUUAGAAGAUCACUGCGUCAAAAGAUAAUGGACGUCUUGAAUGAGCCUGUGCCAGAUCCUUAA